AAUCUAAACCAACAAACAAACAAACAAACAAACAAAAGCUUAUCCAUCUCGUCUUCGUCAGUUUCACUUCCACUGCCAUUUCCAUUUCCAUUACUCAUCUGUUUUCAUGGCUCUCAUCACGCUUAAGCUUUCCAGAAACAUCCUUAACCGAUUCAAAUCAUCAAAGUUGGCUUCUUUUUCUCUUUCUUCUUCUUCUUCUGUACAUCAUCGCAACUACAACUACUCUCCAUCACCAUUUUCAGAUACACAACAAUUUCUUUCUUCUCCGCAAACCCUUCUUUGUCCUCGCCGGUUUGAGUCCACCGGACCUCAAAAAUCCUUGAAACUUGAUCAAAAUCAGGGUCUUGAUUUUCCAGGAGGAAAAGUUGCAUUCAUUCCUGAAAUGAGGUUCAUAUCUGAACGCUUUGAGGAGCGAGUACCCUGUUACCGGGUGCUCGAUGAUAAUGGUCAGCCUUUUACAGAGAGCAGCUAUGUACAGGUCAGUGAGGAAGUUGCCUUGAAAAUGUACAGUUAUAUGGUCACUCUUCAAACAAUGGACACUAUCUUCUAUGAAGCACAAAGGCAAGGAAGAAUUUCAUUCUAUCUCACAACAAUUGGAGAAGAGGCCAUCAAUGUUGCAUCAGCAGCAGCAUUAUCUUUUGACGACUUUGUCUUCCCUCAGUACAGGGAGCCUGGAGUUCUGUUAUGGCGUGGUUUCUCUUUGCAAGAAUUUGCAAACCAAUGUUUUGGAAAUAAAGAUGAUUACGGAAAAGGAAGGCAGAUGCCUAUCCAUUACGGAUCUAACAAGCACAAUUACUUCACUGUAUCAUCAACUAUCGCAACACAAAUUCCCCAUGCUGUUGGUGCUGCAUAUUCUUUGAAGAUGGAUAGAAAAGAUGCAUGUGUAGUCACUUACUUCGGUGAUGGUGGUACGAGUGAGGGAGACUUCCAUGCUGCUUUAAAUUUUGCUGCUGUUCUGGAGGCUCCAGUCAUUUUUAUCUGUCGUAACAAUGGAUGGGCUAUCAGCACCCCGAUUUCUGACCAAUUUCGAAGUGAUGGUGCUGUUGUAAGAGGCCGGGCGUAUGGAGUGCGAAGCAUACGUGUAGAUGGUAAUGAUGCUCUUGCACUGUAUAGCACAGUUCGUGCUGCACGUGAAAUGGCAAUUCAUGAACACAGACCAAUCCUCAUUGAGGCCUUAACAUAUCGAGCUGGGCACCAUUCCACUUCAGAUGACUCCACCAAGUAUCGCCCACUUGAUGAGAUUGAAUGGUGGAGAACUGCACAAGACCCAGUAACUAGAUUUCGAAAUUGGAUACAAAGCAAUGGUUGGUGGAGUGAUGAGAAUGAGUUGGAGCUUAGAAGCAAUGUGAGGAAGCAGCUGUUACAUGCAAUUCAAGCAGCGGAAAGAGAUGAUAAACCUCCUAUUACAGAACUGUUCUCAGAUGUAUAUAACGUUCCUCCUUCUAACCUUUGUGAACAAGAGGAUUGGCUCAGAGAGAUCAUCAAACGACACCCAGAAGACUAUCCACCAGAUGUUCCUGUUUAGGUAAAUCCGAUGAUGCAUACAUAAUUUUAUAUGUGGCAAAUGUGUCGGAAUUCAAAGCUCAAAUUAUUGAUCUCCUUGGUUUUAAUAAAACUAGUGCAUUAGAUAAAAGCCAA